UGGGCAUCUCCGUCCUCUGUCUCACCAUUGACCAUAACACACUGGCCCCUGCGGAGCCAUGCCACCAACGCUUACUUUCCCCCCGCAGCCAGCCCUCGACCCAGACGUCGCUUCUGAAGGCGCCCCUGCUCAGCCCAAGUUUCCCCACACGCGUGCCCAGCUUGCCGCGAUCGCCCGCCAGCACAAGAACUCUUUCGAUAGCUAUGACGGCGAUCAUGAGAAGGAGGACACUGGUCACAUUAGCUCGUCCUUUGUCUCCAGGAUAGCUACCAUGCUUGCCAAUGAGCAGGAGGACGAGCUUAAGCAGCUACUCAAGGCCACCUAUAACGCUGACGAUGAGACGGCGGAACAACACGUCCUUGAUCUCAUGCAUAGACAUCGUGAUGACAGCGCUGGUGUUCCCUUCUUGUUCUUGACGCCGACUCGCCGCCCGUCACGUCCUUCAUCUCGGGCAUCUAACCAUUCUUUCCGUUUCGUUCCUAAUAGACCAGAGACACCCGUCUCGAACCCUAGUUCCCCUCUCACCAUCGGCUUUCGCAGGCCUCACACACCUGUGGGCUCACCCCUCGUUGGGGGAUAUGCGACGUCCUACGUCUCAGCUCAUAGCAUCUCACCGAUGCAAUCCCCAACACUUGCUCAUGCCCAGGCCAUUCACGCGCAGGCUCAGUUUACGUCCAGCCUCCCCUCGUCUCCUAUUUCUUCACCACGCCUCCUGAGCGCGAAAGCCAACGAAUUCAAGCCUAUCCAGCGACCCCUGUCUGCAGCAUCCUCCAACCCCGCAGCAAUACCGGGUUACAAUAGAAUGGAUACACCCUCUCCAGACAUGUGGUCGCAUAGCCCCAUGAGAGCGAGCUCCAAUCUUGCCAUCGCAGCACCUCUCAUUCCCGAACGCUCGCUUACGCCCAGCUCGCUUCGUGCGUCAGCCCGGCCCCACGAAGAAGACGAAGAAGACGAUCCAUUUGAUCCGUUCGCACCUGCUCACGGGCCGCUCAGCUUCGGUCCCAUGGGUGCAUCCGAUUUCGACACGGAGUGGCCGGAGUCGAUGUCACCAGACGAUCCCCGCGCCAGUGGCCAGCAGAUGCCCUAUGGCUAUGACCCCAGCUUUGAAGAUUUAGAAAACGGAGAGGAUCAGAGCUAUCUUACGGAUGGAAUGACUCCAUUCGACGUGCUGAGUUCGGUUUUUGGCACGACACUAGCACCUUCAGAACUUGAGGAAGCUCUCGCGUCCAACGGAUAUGACUUUGAGAUGGCGAUGGCAUGGCUGAUUGAGAGGGCCCUCCCUGCUCCCCCUCAGCACCAGGCGCCCAGAACUCAAGCCAUGGGAAACCGCGUUACCUUGGUAUCUCGGGAUAGUGCGACAAGAGGAGGUCGCGGUGGAGCAAAGGGAGUCAACGGCCGCCCCAACCCUGGUGGGAACCGAGUGUGUCGCUACUACCUAGCGGGCGAAUGCCUGAGGGCAGACUGCCGCUUCAGCCACGAUCUUGAGCGCGCGCUCUGUCGGUUCUGGCUGCGAGGCACUUGUGCCAAACAUGAGGCCUGCGAGUUCCUGCAUCACCUCCCUCAAGAAAUGGACCCUUCUGGUCUCUCGGGCGUCAUGGGGCGCAUGAACGUCGGCAAUGGUAACGGUAGCACCAUACCAACAUCUGCGAGUCCACCCUCUGAGGAUUUUCCUGCGCUGGGUUUCGAACGCAAUGGCAGUGGUACAGCCGGAAGAGGAGGUUAUGGCCGAAAUGAUAACUGGCAUCAAGAUCCCGGCCGAACUCGGUUUGCCGCCGCUGUCAAACGCCCAGCACCUGCUGCCCCUCCUGCUUUGAAUGACAGGACUCUUGCUGCACGCAGAGAAGUCAUGGGCCCCGCUGCAGACAAUUUGCAUACUCGAUCUGCAAUUGUCGCUCCCAAGCCUUCGCCUCGCGUGAAACUACGUGUACCCACUCUCCUGCCUACACUUAAGACCGGAGAAGCUAUCAACUCGUUGUAUAUGACCUACAGGUCGCGUGCCCUCCAGCUCGGCGCUGCACGAAACGCCUGCCUUUCACGUGCCGCAGAUGCCUGGCGUCGAGGAGACGGUGCCGCUGCGAAGCGAUUCAGCAGGGAAGGCCGUGACCUAAAUGCAAAGAUGGGCAGCGAGAUGGCAGAGGCCGCUGGCAAGCUGGUCCGUGAACGUGCGGCGCUCGCAGAGCAGGCUGUCAAAGCUCGUGACCUGAAUUGGUCGGACGACAUGGGAGAUCGCACUAGUCGCGGACGUACUUGUGGAGGGGGCUUGGGUGUUUGCCUUGGAAUUGCGAGCAAGAAUAUUGGCGAUGGCAAACUGACUUCUGAAGAGCGGAUGGAAAGCGUGCUUGAUUUGCACGGUCUGCAUUCCAACGAAGCUACUGAAGUACUAGAAGAGUUCCUGCUCGCGCUCGAACGAGAGCAUUUCCUUGGUUUGGCUUUCGUCAUCGUCGGUGAAGAGAAGCAUACUGGAACGCAAGACACUGCUCGUGGGUCAUCGCGUGCUCGCCUGGCCGCCGGUGUUCGAGAGUGGCUGCACCGAUGGAGCUAUCCAUGGAGCGAACGAGACGGUAUUAUCUGUGUGGAUGCUCUGACCCACCAGUGAACACCGCUAAUGUCUGGCCUCCUAAGAAGGAACAGGUAGAAGAAACGUUUUAGUGUUUCAAUGUUUAUUGUCUUGUUUUCUCGAUUUUGGGGUUCUCUUUGAGCUAAUUAUUCGCUUUCCGCUGUCUGAUGUUUGCAGUUGUUCUGAUAUAUUCGAAAUCAAAGAUGUAAAUAUACAUGUAUAAAGUACACGGAUGGAGCUGUUUGAAC